UGGACCGGACCACUUGAACAAAGAGAAGAAUCUGGCAGCUGGGGCAAGAAACUCCACCCCCUCACUGGUAGAAGACUUGUUUUUAACCCCAAAAGCCACAGGUGUCCCAGCUAACCCUUCUCCAGCCGCAGGUGAAAUGUCAAGCCUUGGUAUGAUCAGCAUACUGGACGACAGGCCAGAAUUCAAACUACUACGAUGCCUUUCCCCCCUUGAAUCAGAUAAGGGAGACAGUGAUGUUCCUACACAAGAAAUAUCACACAGACAGGACCUAGAAAUGCAAAACCUUCCCUUGUGGCUUUCUGAGUCACCACUGAAAUUGGACUUCCCUCUAAGCUCGAUGAUUGAUUCCUCCUACCCACAUCCACAGCCUGACCUCAUCGCCUGCCAAAAUCGAUCAUGCCCUGACCUUGCAGAAAUGCAAGAAUUGAAGUCUUCCUUUUUACAAGAUGAUUUAAUGAGUGGGAGUAGUUCAAACACCAUUCGGCGUGAUGUGAAAGAUGCUAGUGAGCACCCAAACCAGAGAAAGACGAGAAGGCGGAGGCUUGCAACUCAAAAGUCAGAAGUGAAUGGGGAUACAAAGUUUGAAAACCUAGAAAAUCAGGAUCAGGUUCAACCGAGGAUAUCAAAGUGUGAUGAUCCCCACUGUGAAGAUGUUAAGACAUCAACUUCUAACGCACGUAGAGUCAGUACCCGCAUUACCAAUGCGAACAGAAAAGCAGCCGCAGGUGUGAAGAGAAAAAAAGACAUUUCUUCACCUAUCAGUAAGAAAAGGCCUCUGUUGAACACUGACAGUGAACAACCAAAAUACACUGGUAUUGUAAAACGUGGUCGUGGUAGACCCCCUAGGUCUAAAAACGCCGCUGUAGCUCACUUGCGCAACAGUGCAGAGAAAUUGCCCGCUUCAGCACAAGAUGAUUGUGAAGUGGAAAAAACUAAGAAAGACGGUGAGAUGGAGCAGGGUAAUAAGCAACAACCAAAUACACAGCAGGAGAAAGACUCAACAGAAAUGGAAGAAGCAGAUGCUAACAGCAAUUUUGCACAGACAACGCUGAAUUCUCACUUUAAAUAUGCUAAUCAGGCAAAAGGAACAAAUAUCAUUGACCAAAUUUUCCAUCAGCCUCUUCCAAGUGUUGAAAGCCUCGCUUGUAGUUCUCUGAAUACUGAUCAGCCGCUAACAUCAAGCCUGCGAGACACGUCUUUUAGCCUUCAAAAAAUCCAAGGAGGGAAAAGUGAAGACGAGAGUAGUAAAUUAAUGAUGAAUAGCAGUGAAGUGCUCAAUAAGGGCAUCUGUGGUAAGAAAAAAGCAGAGACGUCUCUGCUGAUAAACAAGAAUAAAGACAGGGAGGUAUCUGACAAGCAAGUAGGGUCACCGUUGUCAUGUGGAGACAUGCUAGAUUACGUGAAUUGUUCGGAGAACUCAAGUAGACAAGCCAGUGUGUUACAGAAUAGUGAUUCCCAAAACGAGAUGGGAAGAGACAUUCCAGACCAAAUGACUGAGAUUUCUGUGCCGUUAACAACUGAGGAGGACAUAAUGAAGGAAAUUAUGAUCCCAGCUGUUGAUAUUGAUAUAGCUGAUCAUGCCAGAUCGCCCACAGAGAAAGAUUGUGAUGUUUCUACCAAUGAACUGACAGUGAUGGAGAGAAUAGAAGUGAAUUUCAGUAUGAAUCCUGAUAGUACACCAGCAGAACAUCUCCGAGAUGAACAGAACCUGGAAGAUACGGCUUCUAAUGAGUGUUCAUUUGAGGCGACAUCACACAUGGACAAAGACGUUCAGGAAGCACAUGAAGAAACUAUGGAGGGAGAAGAAACUGAAGUUCUGGGGGCAAAUGAGCUUCUGGAGGCUUCUUCAGAUGAUAGGUGUUGGGAUGAUGAUGAAGUUAAUGAGGAGGGGGACCAGUGCAGUGCUGGGAAGAUUGAUGAACAGACCCUACUGGAGGAAGAUGAACUGAGUAAAGGACACAUUGCAGGUGCUGGGAUUGCAGAUGAUGCAUCAAACAGAGCUCUGACACUGAGAGAAACAGAAGAAAUAAUAAGCAGAGAUGCUCCUUCUGUCCAGUCAAACUAUCAAAGCCCCAGAGUGUGCAGUGAGAAUAUCUCAGCGCUGACGUCCAGUUCAGAAUCCUCAGAUGAAGAAGAUAUUGAAGUAGAUGUUGUGGAUGAGUCUGUAGAUGAUCCGUUAGGGCUUUUGGCGGCUAGACAGUUUGUCACGCUUGCUAUUGAGUGUCUAAUGGAGCAAGAGGAUGAGCUGGAUGUCACUGAAGAAGAGGAGGUAGAUGUCACUGGAGGAGAGACGGAAUGAAUAUUUAUGUUCAUGUUGAGAAUACGUGUUUAGCAUUUUGAAAUCAAUAGCAGAUGUUUGAACCAAGUUCUUAACCCAAUGUUUAAUAUUUCAAAUGGUGAGAAGAAUUCUCUCUCUCUUUUUUUUUUUUUGUCAAUUUGACAUUACUUAUGUGAAUUAGCCUAUAAAUUCAUUGUUUAUUUUGGAUUGUCUC